GGUCUAAAGUUAAUUUGGUUAAUUUUUUUUUCUGUAACAAAAGUUAAUUGGAUUUAUAUUUUUUUUUUCUGAAUGAGUUGUAUCAGUUAAAUUAUCUUUUUUAAGUUAAACACCCAAAGCCAAAUUAAUAAUAUUUGUUUUGCUGAUAACAAAGUGAGAUUAAAUAGGGAUAACAUAUAAUAUAUAAAGAAGACCAAAAAAUAAAAAAAAAGGAAAGGUCCAAACAACCUUUAUAAGUAGAUUUAUCAAGAAUGCUUCCCUUUUAAUAGAAUAGAUCUUAUAUGCUAACAAUAAAAUCAGUAAAAACACACAUACAUGACAAAUCAAAACCAAGUAUUUAUUGAACUAGUUCGAUUUGUAAUCUUAACAUCAAAUAAAAUUAUGAACGAUCUAAGCUUAAUUAGACAUCUAAAUAAUUUAACAUUGGUCAACAAACAUCUAAUUAGUAUACCAUCAUCAAUCUAGCAGAACAAAAAAAAAUUCUGUUGUUAUGGAAACUGAGUUCCCUUAGAUACACAUAUCUUCACUACCAUGAAGAAAAGAUUGUAUGCCAACUAAAACUUAUGGAGAUUAGUUUGACUAUGAAAAUACAAUCUUGACAAAUUUUAUAAAGUGGAGAAAGACCUAACGUACGAGUCCAAAAAGGCUCCCACGCUAAAAUGAUAUAUUAAGGAAAUAAAACAAAUAAUCUAAUAUAUAAGUCUCCUUUCUUUGUCUACGCCUUAAACAGUCAGGCUGCACUAACUCCUUACAUUAAGAAACCUUUUUUACAUUACUCUCCCUAUGAUCAACCUUCCUCUUCCACCGCCUCUACAACAGUCUAUCUCCACCAUGACCAACACAUAAAUAUAUAGCCACCGUCGUAUUAACAUAUACAUUCUUAGAUACUUCCAUCUAUUUUUCUAUAGAUAAACGUAAUAAACCAAGAUUUAUUAUUCUUUGUAUUAUUUUUGUUCUCUUUCAACCCCUAAGCACAAGGAAAUGCGUCUCUUUCGACCCGUUUCGAAAACUCAUCCUUCCUCUUCUUCAACUAUCUCGGCUCGUAUGAUAAAUUGCAUAAUACUUUCUAUUUUGAUUUCCUUGGUCUAUCUUCUCGUCUCUCUCUCGGUACCAACGCUUCAAUCUAAAGACACUAUUAGAGCCUACUUCAUAUCUGCUCAAGAUCAAGCUCAGAGCCUAACAGAGAUUGAUCACAUUGUCUUUGGGAUCGGAUCGAGCACGAAGUGGUGGCCUACACGUAGAGAAUACGUUAAGCUUUGGUGGGAUGCUAGGAGAAUGAGAGGGUGUGUCUUUGUUGACCGUCCCUUGUCGUCUUUGGAGAAUCACACAGAUUCUCAUCUCCUUCCUCCGAUUUGUGUUUCCGAAGAUACUUCACGGUUCAGAUACACUUGGAGAGGUGGUGACAGAAACGCGAUUCGAAUCGCGAGGAGCGUGUUAGAAACCGUAAGGAUGUUUAAUACUUCCUCAGAGGAAGUAAGAUGGUACGUCUUUGGAUACGACAACACGAUGUUCGUCCCGGAAAACCUCGCAAGAACGCUCUCUAAAUACGACCACACAUCAUGGUAUUACAUAGGAGCAAACUCAGAGAUUUAUCACCAGAACUCCAAGUUCGGACACGACAUGGCGUUUGGCGGUGGAGGGUUCGCUUUAAGUAGCUCGUUGGCUAACGUUUUAGCUAAAAACUUUGAUUCUUGUAUCGAACGGUAUCCACAUUUGUACGGAGGGGACUCUAGGAUUCAUGCUUGUGUGCUUGAGCUCGGAGUUGGAUUGACUCAUGAGUCUGGCUUCCAUCAGUUUGAUGUGAAAGGAAAUGCAUUGGGAAUAUUGGCAUCACAUUCAACGAGACCGUUGGUGUCUCUACACCACGUGCCCCACAUUGACCCAAUUUUCCCUAACUCAACGACUUUCACCGCCUUCCGCCACCUCUUUUCCGCCGUCGAAGUUGAUCCUCUCCGUAUACUUCAACUCUCCGUUUGCUACGACCGUUGGUACUCUUGGACCAUCUCUGUCUCUUGGGGCUACACUGUUCAGAUUGAGGGUAGACAUUUGUAUUUACGGGAUGUUUUGAAAACACAAGAAACGUGGAAACCAUCAGGCGGGUUGGCAAGUGUGUACACAUUCAACACAAGAGAGGUUCAUCCUGAUCCUUGCCAAAGACCAGUCACAUUCUUCAUGGAACAUGUUUCAUCUUCUCCCGGUGAUGAAACUAUUAAAAGUGUGUAUAAACAAGCUUACGAGAAUUGCACGUAUGAUCCCAUUUCAUCGCCUCGCAAACUAGAAGAGAUUAGAGUGUUUUCUACAAGACUUGAUCCUGAUAUAAGACAAUUGAAGGCUCCCAGAAGACAGUGUUGUGAUAUUUUACCAACUUCUUCCACCGGUGGAAAAGUAAUGGAAAUUGGGAUUCGAGAAUGCAAAGAGGAUGAGUUUAUUUACAUUCAUCCCUAGUAGCAAGUAGCAACGUACCUAAUAUACUAUCAUAUAUCUUUGCAAAUUAGUUUUUAGCUAUUUUCUAAACUGAAUAUUAUACUGUUAAUCAGCUUGUUGCCUCUUAACUUUGAAUUUUUGCAGUUAACUAUUUUUGAUAUAUUCACCAGCCAGCUAUAACAUUAACAAGAUACAGAACCUAGCUAUGAAUAUGCAACAAAAGGUUAAGUAAAUAUACUUAGAGUUAUGAGAAGAGAUUUGAAAGGUAGGAAAAGAA